AUGCACAAUAUGAAAUAUUAUAGGAGUAUUUUAUUUCAAGCAUGUAGAUUUAAUUAUUAUAUUGCGUAUAGGACUAGUGGAUUUUUGGCCUCUAGAGUACUAAAUAAGAACAUAAACAGGCCAGGAAAUGCGCACUUUGGCCUAUACAAAUUGUGGACAAGAGCAACAUAAUUUUUGUAGAAUUUAAGAUUAUAUAGCAAUUGUGGCUUCUAAAAGGUAAUUCAAAGCAACAAAAAUAAGUGAAGCAAAAUAUACCAAUUAUACAAAUAAACCAACCAGUGAAUUUAUAUACACGAACAGGCAAAUAGAAAAAUUAACAAUGAAC